CCUAGCUAUGGCCGACUUCUCUCAGUAUACGGGCCCCAGUGCAGACUGGAUCGCACUGGAGCCCACGCUGCCCCCAUGCCAAACUUGCCACUCCUGGAAUUGAGGUCUCUAGUCAACAAGGGACGCGAAGAGCUUGCCGCUCAUGGCAUGACAAAAAUAGGUGUGUUGCUCAACAUGAACGAUUCGCUCCAAUGCUCCGCAGGACAAGCUAAUGUCUUGCUUCGCGCAGCUUCCCAGGUCAAGAUCCAAGACUAUACCAUUGAGUCUCGCGACGGUGCAACCCUAGAAGCGCGGACAUAUCGCCCAUCUGGAAUCCCAGAGUCUCAGAAACUUCCUGUGUACAUUCAUCUCCACGGUGGAGGUUAUCUCUUUGGCACCCUCUCCUCCGAAGAUGCGAUCUGCUCCCGAAUUGUUGUCUCUCGGAUGAAUAGCGGUAACCCGGUCGUUGUUUUCAACGUGAACUACCGUCAUACUCCUGAGCAUAAAUAUCCCACAGCCUGGAACGAUGUCGAAGAUGCCUUCGUUUGGGUUCACGAACACAUUGACGAUAUCGGUGGACUCGCCGACCAGGUCGUGGUAGGCGGAAUCUCUGCAGGAGCCCAAUUAACCGCAUCUUUGACACUCGCACAAUUAUACGGAGACAACGAGCGCGUGAAGGCCUGUCCCAAGAUUAGGGGCCAGGUCCUCAUGAUUCCAUGCCUCGUCAUUGCGGCCUACUAUGCACCUCGCAAAGAGAUGCUGCGUAGCCCGGAGGUAUCCAGUUAUGUGACAUGUGCCGAGGCGCCGAUUUUGCCCGUUUCCAGAAUUGACCUCUUCAUGACCUUGCUCCAUGUGAAGGAGUUCCCCGAUGCGGGUCGCAAUCUGCAGAUGAAUCCUGGGAAUGCUACUGCGGAGCAAGUGAAGAAUCUCCCUCCGACAACCUUUGGAAUCGCCGGUAACGAUCCCCUUCGCGAUGAGGGCCUGUUCUUCGGAAAGCUGCUUAGUGAGAACGGUGUUCCGACUGAUAUCAAUGUUUUCCCUGGAGUGCCUCAUGGAUUUAGGCGCCAUGGUGACAAGCUCACCUCCAGCAAGAGGUGGGACGAGGUGAUGAGCGGUGGGAUUACUUGGGCUCUGAGCAACCCAACGGCGGGUCCUUUCGAGAUCAAGGCAGAAUGA